AUGGUGUAUAUAAACGCGAUAUGCCACCCUGGGCUGGCAGAAUUACCUCAAGUACAAGCCAGUCAACGUGCGUACUGGGGCACAGCUGGACGCGGUUCUGCUCAUAUUGAGGGACGUACGUCAAGAGAUGCAUUAGAUCACCUUUACUGGAUAAAUGACCUCGACGACAAUGAAGAACGACGAGGAAUCUUCAAAAUAAAUAAUACAGCAUUACUAAAAACGAAUGUCAUCUUGCAAAUUACAUGCUUCCCCAUCAAUCUGACUUUAGCAAGAAAACCACUGUUAUAUACGUGCUAAAACAGUACUUUAGGCAAAGGAGUAGACACAAGCGAGCCAGGGUAUGCUCAAGCCGCGCGGGUUCGUGCCCUGGGGCCUUCCAGGGCCAACCCGCGGGCGCCGCGGCGCCGCCGCGU